AGCGGCGAGGGGACCCCGCCGUCAUGCCCCGAUAAGUGGGGAGAGGAGCCCGAGCCCGUCCCAGGUUGGGUGACUUCGGCCCCUGCCAGCACCAGCUACCAUGGAUUGGAAAACGCUACAGGCACUGCUCAGUGGGGUCAACAAGUACUCCACAGCCUUCAGCCGCAUCUGGCUCUCCGUGGUCUUUGUCUUCCGCGUGCUGGUCUACGUGGUGGCAGCCGAGCGCGUGUGGGGAGAUGAGCAGAAGGACUUUGACUGCAACACACGGCAGCCAGGGUGCACCAAUGUCUGCUACGACCACUUCUUCCCCAUCUCCCACAUCCGCCUGUGGGCCCUGCAACUCAUCUUUGUCACUUGUCCUUCCCUCCUGGUCAUCAUGCACGUGGCCUAUCGCGAAGACCGCGAGAGGAAGAAUCGUGAGAAGAACGGGGAGAAUUGCCCCAAGCUCUACAGCAAUACGGGCAAGAAGCACGGUGGGCUGUGGUGGACCUACCUGCUCAGCCUCUUCUUCAAACUUAUCAUAGAGAUACUAUUCCUCUACCUCCUCCACAAGAUGUGGGACAGCUUUGACCUGCCACGGCUCGUCAAGUGCGCUAGCGUGGACCCCUGCCCCAACACUGUAGACUGCUACAUUGCUCGGCCAACUGAGAAGAGAGUCUUCACCUAUUUCAUGGUUGGGGCUUCCUCCAUCUGCAUUGUCCUCACUGUCUGUGAGAUCUUCUACCUCAUCUUCAAGCGGGUUGUCCGGACUGCACGAAAAUGGAAGAAGUCCACCAAGCGCUCUGUGAGCUACAGCAAGGCCUCCACCUGCCGAUGCCACCUCAAGCUGGAAGAGAAGGAAAACAAGUCCCAGAAUAGAGGCGAGGAGAUGUGAGCUCCCGCCCGGCCGAGCCCGGUUCAGAGACCCUGCCCCUCGGCCCACGAGCUCCUCACGCCUGCGAAGCGCCCGAACCACUCAACCUCUACGAGAAACGACCCAGCCCAGCAAACUGACGCCCGCGAGCGUGCUUUAGGGCUCUCGCCGAUGCCCAGCGCCGUGCGCCAGCGCCGGCUCCACGGCCGGGGCCCUCGUCCUGCUGCGGCCGGAGGAGGAGCUGCCGUGGCCCCGUCGUGCUGCCAGAGCGGUGCUGCAGGGUGUUCAGGAGCCCCGAGCGGUCGCCGACGAGCGGGGCUCCUUCGGGGCGACCUGCCGGUCCCGGGACAGGGCCAGGUCCCCCUCUUUGCUCAUGCACGUGCUGCGCCGGUGCUGCCGCAGGCUCCCCCGCUUCCCUCGGUGCCGGGGCCUUUGCACCCCCUCCUCGCCUCGGACGGACGUGUCGCGAUGUCGUCAGCUGCGUAUCCAA